UAGAGUAGCGACCUUCGCGGAAGCAAGGUCCGCAUGUGGCGUUGCUGCGUUCCAUCCAUGCCCCAACAAAUAAUGUAUAUACAUGUAUAUCCCGACAUUCCUAUAUAUACGUAACCGCGCGCUCUAUCGACGUGUAAAUACUCUCUUCGGCCCCUUCUUCCCCUCCGAUGGCUAAACCAGUCUAGCUCUCUCCCUUUAUUGUGUCCAAGUUUAAUAAUGCACACGUAUACGUGUAUUGUUAUUGUUAUGCCAAAGCGUACGUCAACGAAAGUGCCACGGCGAGCCUAUUAAUGUGCAGUGCUCCGAUUAUUAGGCAUGUAAUAUAUAUGUGUGUGGUUGUGUGUAUACGUACAUACAUCUCUCUCAGUGUGUUUCGGAGCAAUCGGAGCCACUCCGAGAUAGUUUCUCCGUAUUCCUCUCCUCUCUGAAGUCUAGUGGUAAAUUGUUCUUGUGAUUCUCCACAGUUCAAAGUUUAAUGCUUGUGAAAUUGUACGAGUUUUGUGGAUCCUCGUCAUUAUCAUCAUCAUCAUCGGCGUUGAUUAAACAAGUGUGGUGGGCCUCUUGCGUGUCCCAAAUAUCCAUGCAGUGUUGUUAUCAUUAUUGUUGUUGUUGUUGUUGUUGUUAUUAGUGAUUAAAUUGAUGAAAAGUGCAAGAAGCUUUAAUCAGAUCCACAACUCCUGUACCAGCAGAAACCGCUAAUGGUUUGCAAUACCGACAGAUAUAGGUGUACGUGAUACGUAUUACGUUGAGGAUCCAGUGGUGAUAAGGCUGAAUUGAGCCCGUCUAUUAUAUAGAUAGAGGGAGAAAAAUAAAGUGCUUUGUUUUUUCGCGGGCCAUUAUACUUAUCAGUUUAUAAAUAGUGUUGAAAACACAGUGCCAGAUAAUUGUAGCAGUCGUGUGUGUACAUAUACAUAUACGUAUUGGACCUGGUAACGGCGAGUUAGCCAAUCCGUCGGGGACAAAGGCGCGGGUGGCGAUGCUUGUCCACUUGGGCAACAAGACCGGGCGGCCUCCAGCGCCGGGCUCCUCGCAGCAAGAGCACCAGCAGUCCUCGGUUGGCCGAGCGUACUACCGCAGCAGCAACAGUAACUGGCCAUGCCUCCGGUGCUAAGCGUCGCGACCAUGGCCGUACUCCCGGCGAGCCCGCAACAGGGCGCGAGCCAAAGCAGCUCAGCCGCGGCAGCCUCCCUGGCCGCCCAGACGCAGUUGCUCUUUGCCGCGAGCAGCCAAGCCCAGCCCCCGCACAGUAGCACCAGCAGCAGCAGCAGCAGCAGCACCAGCAACACCAGUGCCGGAGUCAGCUUGACGCCAUCGUCAGUCGGCCAGCCAGUGCUCGCCCAGCAGCCGACGCCCAGUUUAUACCAGCCGUACAACCUCGCCGGUCACCCGAGCACCAACGGGCUACUGUCCCUGGGACACCACACCGUCGGUGCUUCCACCACCGCUGCCGCCGCCUCGCCCUCUCUCAGCCAAUCGCAGCUGCAUCACCUACACGGCUUUCACCAUCUCGCUGCGGCAGCUGCUGCUGCGGCUGCUUCUCAGCAACAGCAGCACCAUCAUCUUCAGCAGCAUCACGCCCAGCACCCGGCCCACAAUAGAUACGUCGCUGUGGGGCUUGGACACUCUGCGAACCAGGCAAGCUACAGCCCCGAGAUCUGCAGCUCUGCCUCGCCCAUCCCACUGGAGCGCCGGGACGCGGAAUUACGGGACAUUCAGCAGCUGCAGGAAACGCGGGAGCGCGAGGCCAAGCUCGAACGCGAGAAGCUCGAGAAACAGAGGGCGGUCGAUCAGGCGGUGCAGAGGCACUUUGAGGAGUCCCUGAGGCAGGCCAGUCAAAAGAUGCCUUAUUCGUUUGUGCAGAGGAACGUGAUACCCUGGCAGAGCUUCAUACCUUUGGCGCCGCCACACUCAACUGGACGAUCGCACGCCACGCACCACCAUCACCCGGGCGCGACUCAGCAGCAGCAGCAACAACAGUCCCAGCAGCACGCUUUGGUGGGGGUAUCCCAGCAGCAGCAGCAGCAGCGUGAUCGAGAAAGGGAGCGAGAACAGCGUGACCGGGAGGAAAGGGAGCACCAGUUGGCUGCCCAUCGCGAGCAGCAGGAGGCAAGCGAGUACGCCGCCCAGCAGAGUAUCGCCUACCUCCGCGCGGCUGCUGUUCCCCAGCCCGCAGUUCAGGUCUCACGGCCGUCGAGCGUGCCAGGCAAGGUGGACUACCCUCCGCCAGCCCACGCGCGUAGUUCAAAGUCUUCGUCGUCGCUACCGCCCUCGGUGUCUAGCAGGCACGACAAGCCACAGCAGCAGCAGCAGCAACAGUCGAUCCAUCAGGCACACCCGACAACUCUGAAGGCAGAGCCCAGUAUCAGUUUGUUUGGCUAUUCAGGCUACCAGCCGAGCGGCGCUAACUACGUCCAGCACGACAACAAGCCGGGCAAGCCUCCUCCGUCCUCAUCGUCUUCGUCUUCGACGCCAAUGGCCGGCCAGUCGCACGACAAGUCUAGUGUCGUCGACAUCAUUGACGUCGUGGGGAUAGGCAGGAGUCGAGGCCACGCUAGUAGAGUCGAGGUGCUGUCGAAUCCGCCAUCGCACCUUUCCUCGCCCUCGCCAUCGGUGGCUGUGGCCUCAGCUUCGACCAACCUGUCGUCGACCUCGUCUUCUUCGUCGUCCUCGUCGUCGGCAUCCGACCACAAGAGCUCGGUCAUUGUCAAAAACGAGGGCAGCCGCGACCAGAAGCAACAGUCUGUUGUCGCGCCCGCGCACUCGCCUAGCCCCAAGAUGAUGUCCUACAUGAACGUCUCACCCGUGACGAUACCAACUUCUCAGCACAAAUCGCCUUACGAGUGUCGCUCGCCCUCACAGAGCCCGCACGCUCACCAUCACCACCACCACCACCACCACCAACAGCAGCAGCAGCAGCAGCAGCAGCAGCAGCAGCAACAGCAGCACCACCUACAGCUCAACGAUUCGAAGCUACAGGUGUCGAGUCAUCACAAUCGCCCCGGUAGUGCUCACCUCUCUGCUCCCGGACUGCUGCAGAAUCCAGCAGUGGUCAAUCGGCCUUCCCGCUCGCCUCAAUCGGUCUCGCAGGUUCCGCACCCAUCGCCGCCUGAGCCAAGAUACCUCACGAGGCCCGAGCCACAACUUGCGUACCCACCACACCAAUCGAAGAGCCCGUUCUCGGCUUACCUGCAGCAUCCCCAUCAUCAUUCGCACCAGCCGAGCGCCACGUCCUCUUCGCACUACCCUGCGCCUGCUACUGCUUCCAAGCCUAAGGUAAGCAGUCCGGCGCCAUCACAUAUCUAUGGAAAGCCGAGUUCGGGUAUAAUGACUGGAACGCCAGUCUGUCGAGCUCCGGACUCGGGCUCGACGAACACUAUGGGUCCGUCCUCGUCGUCUUCGCCCGGUGCACCUUCGGGGGCAUCUUCGGUACCGCUUCCACUGACAUCUAAAGCCAGUGCCAGUGGCACGAGCAGUAGUAGCGGCAGCGUUAUGUCCUCGUCUCUGCAACCGGCCAUACAUCAUUCGAGCUCAACGCAGGGUUCGCAUUUUUCACAUUUGGCGCCACCACCUGCUCAUUCGAGUCGCAGUCCCUACGACUCGAGGAGCUACGGGACACCCAAGCCUCUGCCACCGCCAUCGACGCUCCACUCUGCUCCCAGCAUAGGAAAAUUGCCUGCUCCGAUGCAUCUACUGCCACCGGCUAGUGCUCUCACCCCGAUUUCUAGGCUGCCACCAGGUUUGGUUCAUCCGGUUGUCCAUCAUCCACAGAGCCAUUCGCCGCUUGGUCAGACCGGUAGCAGUGCCAACAAUCACAACAGCAACAAUAAUAGCAACUUUCAGACGCAGCCACUGGAUCUCGGCGUAGAGAGAUCUAGUUCGCCAAAACGCAAAUCUAGCACGCCUCAGGGCAGCGAGCCCAUAUCCCUGGAAGCCAAAAAGCGUAGGUUAGAGGAGAAAACACAGCCACAGUCGCAACCGCAACCACAACCGCAACCACAACCACAGCUACAGUCACAGCCACAGAAUGUAUCGGUAACAAUGACGACGCCAUCGAUAACUAUUACGUCGACAACAACGCCGAUGACGACGACGACUAUGACGACAAUGACAACAGCGACGUCGAUGACGAUGACGGCAUUAACAACGCCAACGAUGACGACACGGGCUCCUGACGCGGCCAGUCCGCUGGUGCUGUCGAGAGUCGGUGAGCCCAGUCCGUUGAUCGCCUCGGCGGCGACUUCAAUCACCAGCUUCGUCAACACUGCCCUGCUGACACAGCCCAAUAGCCAAAGCCAGGUGAAUGUUCCUUCUUCCAUAAGUCCAGCGCCCCGAACGGCCAGCGGUGAUGGCACCGUGCGGCCUUCGUCGACCGGUAGCGUGAGUUCGCUUCCAUGUGCGACGAAUCCGGCGACACUGACGACAAGCGCCUCGGCCUCGCCAGUCCCGUCAUCUACGGCUCCGAGUCCUGCGCCUAGCGCUCCCGGCACUCCGGCCAAGCCUGACAGUCCAGCCCCAGUGCGACCGCCCAGCACCACCAGCUACCCUGUGCACAAGCUCAAAAAAGCAUGGCUUCAGCGGCACUCGGGCGAAGACGGUGCCGAGGAUACCGUUGGCGUCGUUGGCAGCGGCUCCUGCGUCACCCUACCCCUUAAUAUCGCCGUUAACAAACAGGCCAAUGGCAGUACUGGUAAAGACAAUAACAGCAACAGCGUAAACUCCACUACAGUAGCGACAAACGUGAGCGUAUCUUCAACGUCGUCAUCGACGACAAAUACGACGACGUCGACCACGAGCUUACCCAGCGCUGUCAAUUCAAUCCACAAUGUCGGCAGUAUGGCUGUGAACAGUAUCAGCAAACCAAAGGUGCCAAUCAAGCAACGCAAAACGCCUGUGAAAGAAUCGGUUAACGGACACGCGAUUGCUGCUGCUUCUGCUCCUACUACUGCUGCUGCUGCUGCUGCUACCGUCCCGGCUCCCAACUCUGAGAGCCUCCACGAAGAGUCCUCAAACAGCGAGCCCGAAAGGAAGGCGCCGCCAAAGCGAAAGCAACCCAAGGUAAAGCGAAAGAAGGGAGCCGCUUGGAAACAGCAAACAGCCGUGCAGGAACAGCGUCGCCGUCAGAAAAAGAAGCAAAGUAGAGGAGGUGCAGCUGCUGGUAGCGAGUCCAGCAACGAGAGCGAAGCUGGAUCAGUGAGCGACUCCAGUGAACAGAGAUUUCCCGCUCGAGCAAUCAUGCAAAUAUCCACGACAAUUGAUUCCUACAAAGCAUCCUCGGGAAAUGGUAAUAAAAAAGUCCCCAAAAAACGAGGACGAAAACCAAGGAGCACAAAAGAUAUUAAAAUCAAAGAGGAAGAAGAAGAAGAAGAAGAAGAAGACUACCAACCUCGUCAAAAAAAAAAGCGAGUAGAGAAGUCCAGUGAUAGUAGCAAUAAAAAUAAAAAGAAAAAAAACAGUCGAAUAAGUACAAUAGAAGACAAGCCUGAUCAAGAAAAACUAUUAAAAUCCGGACAAAGCUGGGUUCAAGGUGAAGUGUGUAACGACUAUCCAUGUACACGAUUAUCCAAGUGCCGUGAAUGCAGAUUAACCCAAAACCAACGAGACAAAAUAGAAAAAAAAUCUCAGAGUUCCGUCGUUUUUUGUCGAUUUUACGCUUUUCGAAGAAUGCAAUAUACUAAAUCUGGAACCCUAAUUUUUGCGGGCUUUAAUGAUCCUUUCAUAGAUGCUGAUGAAAGUGAUAGACAGCUUUGGUUACCGGGAAUAGACAACAGACUCAUUAAGCGGGAUAAAUAUACGGAAGAAACACAGGAUGGCAAAAAGGAGUGGGAUAAAGGUGACUUCGAUAUCGAAUUAGCUUAUCAAAUAAUCCGACAAGUAGGCGAUCAGUUUUGUGAUUUGAUACAUCAGGAAAAACGCGUGAUCGAAGAACAUAUAUCAAGAGCAAAUGCAGGCCUUGUCGAUCGAGCAUUAAUCUGGAAGAGAGUCGUGAAAGGUGUGCGGGAAAUGUGUGACCUCUGUGAAACAACAUUAUUUAAUUAUCAUUGGACCUGUGGCAAGUGCGGUUUUAGCGUAUGCAUCGAUUGCUAUGAAGCUCGUAAGAACAAGAACACGGUUUGGACUGAAAGCAGCAAAGGACGAGACAAGUAUGCUUGGCUGCUGUGCGCAAAUCGUCAAACCCAUGUGCCAGAACAGCUGUUACUUACCCAGAUUAUUCCGGCAGAUUGUCUCGUUCAGAUAGAUCAGCGACUACACGAAUGUAGGAGCGAGUGGGGAAUUCCUAAACUUUGCAGUUGCGAUGCAACACCCAAACCUAUAAAUGAAAAUCUCCGCAACUUAAUUAAAGGUGAUCUUGUCUAUGUCGUAAACGGAAACGCACAAUUGGAAAUUAAGCCAGAGAAGCAACGAAAAAGGGAUAGCGGUAACAGCAACUCGAGUGAAAGCGGAAGCCGAGCAAAUGGAGAAGACAAGAACUCGCCGCUGAAUUGGCUAGCUGAUGUGGCACUACAGAACCAGGACAAAAACGAUAGUGAUAGCGACUCAGACUCUGAUCAGGAUGGUAACCACUCGACUUUACGAGAGCUAUUGAUCCGACCCUCACAAAAACCCAAUGGCAGUAAUUCGAAUCCUGAUUCACCCAAGAACGUUGAUCCACACUCCUCUGAUGAUAAUACGAUUGCCAGUAAUAGUAGUGCAAAUAAGGCCACAAACAAUUUAAUACCCAAUAGUCAAAACAACGUCAAAACUGGUAAAAAGUCCAAAAUAGACACACUUAAUGAAGUAAUCAGCAGUGUCAUUGAGCACAGUGUUAAGAAGGAGGAAGGCAGCGGCAUCGAUGACGAGAAAACACCCGAACUCAAACAUUUUGUCCGCCGUUACAAGUGUUCUCAGCGAGGUCGUGAGCCUCUGCCUGUGAGGAUAAUGACUCUGACUGAAAGCAAACUACUGUAUCCUGAUGUGCCGCACUCGUGGCUGUGCGAUGGAAAACUUCUCCGACUUCAGGAUCCUACCAACCCUAAGAAUUAUAGGAUAUUCCAAGAUCAAUGGAAACGCGGCCAGCCCGUCAUAGUUUCUGAUGUGCACAAGUAUUUAAACAACGAUCUUUGGCAUCCCGACAGCUUUUCCAAAGAUUUUGGCGAUCAGAAGAAUGAUCUCAUCAAUUGCAUGACGGGUAAUACCGUUCCUAAACAGCCUAUGUGGAAGUUCUGGGAGGGUUUUGAACACUCCUUGAAACGACUCAAAGACGAACAGGGCAACGCCAUGCUAUUGAAGCUCAAAGACUGGCCGUCUCGAGGUGACUUUGCCGAUAUUCUACCCACCAGAUUUGCUGACCUUAUGAAGUGCGUGCCGCUGUCAGAGUACACGCACAGAUAUGGAAGGCUUAAUCUCGCAAGUAGAUUACCAGACAUGUUCACAAGACCUGAUCUCGGACCCAAAAUGUAUAACGCCUAUGGUUCUGCACUCUAUCCCGACAAAGGCACAACUAAUUUACAUCUCGACAUCUCGGACGCGGUCAAUGUUAUGGUCUACGCGGGGAUUUCCAAAGACAGUGACAAAGAUGAACAGAUAAAGGAAGCCUUGAAAGCUAUUGACGAAGCAGGCUGUGAUAUCCUAACGCGUCGUCGAGUGCGUGAAAAGGAUGAGGUUCCUGGUGCGCUUUGGCAUAUUUAUGCCGCACGUGACGCUGAUAAGAUCCGCGAUAUGCUCAAUGCCGUGGCACUUGAACGCGGCGCUAGACUGGAACCCCACCACGAUCCUAUCCAUGAUCAGAGCUUCUACCUGGAUGGUCCACUCCGUGAGCGUCUGUAUCGUGAAUACGGCGUCGUAGGGUACGCGAUAGUGCAGUGCUUGGGUGAUGCGGUAUUCGUGCCCGCUGGUGCUCCACAUCAAGUGCGCAAUCUGCACAACUGCAUCAAGGUAGCAGAGGACUUUGUCUCUCCCGAAAACAUUUCUCAUUGCUUUCAUCUCACGCAAGAAUUCCGUACGCUGUCGGAUACCCACACAAAUCAUGAAGACAAACUGCAGAUUAAAAACAUUAUUUAUCACGCUGUCAAGGAUUCACUGACGGCUCUCGAUACUGUCAAGGAAGAGACUCUUGUAAAAAAACAGGGUGAAAAAACUAACGUCAAUGAGACUAAACAGAAAAUCAAAGUCGAAAAAAGCGAGGGUACGUAAUUAAGUGAUUUCUGGGUGCAUUAGAGCCAAGAUGAUAAAAACAAAUGAUCAAAGUUUAUGGUCGUAUACUUCAGAAAGGAGGGUUUUGUGAUACUCGAGUUAAUAAUUCUUGUAAUUCUCCUAACUUGGGAAAAGUAGGAAAUACAAAAGGAGAUGGAACUCCGUUUUUUGUUUGGUACAUUAGUGUACCUAUGUGAUAAAAAAAAAAUAAUAAAUAAAAAAUAAACAUUGAAGAGACGUGACGCAAGCUAUUGAAAACAAAUCUUUGGAACGAUACAUUGGCUUGUAAAUAAUUUGAUAUCGUGCCUGUAUCCAAUAUACUGUUAUCUGUACAAUUAAUAUUGUAAGAAAAAAGGACUCAAGUGAGUGUUAUGGAUUUUCGUAUUGCAUGUAGUUACGUGGCAUAAAUAGAAGAGAAUGAAUAACGGGGUGAGAAAAAUUUUUUGUCAGUACAAGGGGGAGGGAAGAUUUGACCGAAGUAUUUAAAAAUUACUGUGCAAUUACAAGGUGGCAAUGCUUGUACGUAUGUAUAUUGAUUGUUAAUUUCUUUCGUUUGUUUUACAAUUUUUUUUGAUUAGAAUAAAACAAUCGCGGACUGACAUAGUGUGCAAAUAUAGUAGUGAAUUUCACGUGAAAAAUCAGUCACCUUACUACAACAUUAAAUAAAAAAAAAAACAAACACUG